CUACCAGUGAGACUUGUCUCGCUACCACUUACCCAUUCAUCGACAGCUCGACAGUUCCACCAACUCCGUCGUCCAUCGACGGCGAGGUCACCCUACGCCCUUAUCUACAACGCCCUCACGCUCAUCACUGCGCCCAGAGCAGUGUCAAGUCCACCUCAUGAGGCCUCACAUUGUCCUCGCAGGUUGGCUGGCCUUUGUCAGUCUCCAAGCCGCCGCUGCCCCGCUUGGCGACGGCCACGAACUUCAAAAGCGUCAGGCAACCGAUGGAGCCGGCCAGGCCACGCCUCCUGGCGGGCAACAAGCACCGACUCCCACCAAUCCUGGGGGCGGAAACACGAGUCCCGCGACGCCGGGGAACACCCCCGCAGGGGAUGGGGGCGCUGCGGGGCCCUCUUCAGGCGGCGGUGGGAACCCGGGAACCCCAGCGAAUAACUCUCCCACUGAACCUCCGUCACAGCCAUCUCAGCCAACCCCUCCGCAACAACCAUCUCCGGCAUCCCCUACGCCACAGAUUCCUUCCCAGCCCCCAGAUGGCGGCGCGGCCUCCCCAGUGUCCUCACCGGCCCAAGGACCAGCAUCGUUGCCUGCUGAACCGCCGGCGUCGCCUCCACAGCAGACUCCAACGGCGCAGGCCCCAUCCGCACCCACUGCAGGUAACGACACCCCGGCCGCUUCCCCAAAUUCUCCUGCUACCUCUGGAGGCCAACAGCCCUCCGCAUUAAUCCCUCCCUCGGGCCCUGCGAAUAGCGCGGCUGCCACCCCCGAGGCGACCACGCCUCCUCCAGUUUCGGUCGCUGUCGUCGAGACAGUGGUCACCUCGGGGUCAGUCGUGGCCACUUUGACCACCUCCGUUGCUCUCCCCUCCCCUCCCCCUGCCUCAGGAAGUGGUGUUCCUCCCCAAGCUUCCUCGGCAGCCGCAGCCGCAGCCGCGACCGCAACCGCCGCGGGGGGUGUUGGCGCCGGCAGUACUGAGUGCACGACCUCGACUGGCCUCAAGGGCAAGUUGGGUCCCGGAGGCUGCUUUGCAAACGCUCGCCAGGACUGCACAGUAUCAGAUGGCAUCCCCGGUGCGACGACGGACACGGGCAUAUGCGCACCUGUCGUUACCGUCGGUUCCCCUUGCUCGCUUUCGGAUGGCACCAAGGGCACAGCGCAGCUGCAAGGUCUCGGCACGACUCUGUCGUGUAUUGGCAACAGCUUCACUGCGGGCGCGCCUUGCUCACUUCCCUUCAAUGUGGCUGGCACCAUCGCGAACGACGGCAAGACGUGCAAGCCUCCCGUAGUAGCCCCGCCUGCUGGCGCCGCCUGUCCAGUUCCCGGGAUCACUACGCUGGGCCUCAUGCAGCCAGACGGUAAAACGUGUCUCCCGCCGACACAGUCUGGUGGCCCCGACACUAGCGGCGGCAGCGGCGGACCCAGUCUUUCCGACGGGGGGCAGUGUGCUGUCGGGGGCCUGGCGGGCCAGAUCGAGCGAGGCUCAUGUCGAGCCCUAGAGCCGAAGUCGGGUGACCCAUGCUUCCGCGGCGGCCAGUUUGCCUACUUCUCUAAUGCUAUCCCCGACGGCAUCCUGGCGUCUGAUCUCAAGACCUGCAUGAUCGUUAACGACACUUGCAACGCCAACGGCGUGCAGGGCCGCUGGAGCCCGAGCUAUCUCUGUGUCGUCCCGCCGCCGGCCUUCGGCAACCCCACCCAGGACGGCGGCGCCUGCCAGCGCGGGCAGAUCUGGGGCGGCCGCUGGGAUGCUGCGUCGUCGACUUGCAUCCUGCCAGGCGAUCCUUGCCCAACCGGCAUUUAUGGCCCGAACGCGCGGGACUGCAUCGCGAAGCCGACCGUCGGCACUGUCUGCGCGACGGCGCAGGGAUUCAAUGGGACCUUCAACGACGCCGGCCUCUGCGUGGCCACAAUCCCACCGGGGGCACGCACGCCGUGUCUCUCGGUCAGAACCGAGGCUGGCACAGUCUCGCUUACACCCAACGGCACGCUGUGCCAGAUAGCUCCGACGCCGGACACGCCGAUGGGAGUGCUCCAGAACAUUGCGCCGGGGUCGUUCUGCUCAAACGGCAAGGACUCGGGCGCGUUCACCGACGCGAUCAGCUGCGAGGUAGUGCAGCGCCCAGGCGGCAUCAGCGCGAUUCCUGAAGGGACGGCCGGCAACCCCAACAACGACAUUGCGUCACUGCAGUCCGUGUCGCGCGCGACCAAGUCCAAGACGUGGAUCCCGGGCGUUGCAGCAGGUGUGGGCGUCGCUGGAGGCCUGCUUUUGCUCGCUCUUCUCGCGUGGAAGUGCGGCUGGUUCAAGUCGCUCGCGCGCAAGCACCGCCGGCGCCAUCAGACCGCCGCCUUCGGGCCUGGCGACGGCAUUCUCGAAGAAGCGCCGUACGCCCCACCGCAGACGUUUGCGACCGUCGGCAACUCCCGCAACCAGCCGUACCGUGACGACAACUUCUCCGCUACCACAAGCCCGCCCACCAGCCCGCCUGCGACCAGCCGCUUCUCCAUCAUCUCGGACCAGCACCCGGCCGACCCCUUCGCGGACACGAGCUACAACAACCAUCGGCGGAGCCAGCAGUUGUCCGACUAUUCGUACGCGCCGGAAGCCCUGUCUCCCCGCCACCCCGGGUCGCCGUCCAUGAUGCCAUCGUCGCCGCCCAUGAUGGCCGGCUCGCCGCCGGGCUCGCCCGGAAUGCAGCAUGUCGUCCAAGAGCCCCUCCUCGCGGGCUACCCAGCAAACCCGCCGGCGUAUCCCGCAACAGAAGAGUACGGGCACAAUAGGCGCUAGUUGUUUUUUUUAGUAUUGCCCUUGCUCCCCUAGUGUACACACGUCUCUCGCAUCAGCUGGUCAAAAAGACAAUAGUCGGAUUGUAGUUCGUUAACGGGGAUGCCUCGUCAUGAUCUUGCCAUGCAAUGAAGUCGCAAAGG